AUGCCGGCGGAGGAGAAGACGCAGGGGCCUUCCGUCGCGGCGGCGGCGGCUGCUGCUGCCGACGACGGCGGCACGGCGGUGGGUGACGCGGAGGUGCAGCGGCUGCUGCAGAGCGGGGCGUGGAAGGCGCUGAGGCAGGAGGGGACGGGAAGGACGUAUUACUACCACGCGGAGACGCGGAAGACGUGCUGGGAUUUGAAAAAGGAGCUUCUGCGGCAGCGCCGGGCGACAGCGGCAGAGACGGCCACGGCGGCAGCAACCGCGCAGGUGCGGGGGCCGACGGCAAGCGACAAAAACGAACAAGGGAGGCAGACGGGGAUGAGUGGAGCGGGGCGCGCGGAGGCUGAACCCGGCGCCGGCGUCGCCGUGGAAACUCGGCACAUGACGCUGACGGCGCCCGCGACGCCGCACACGGGUGACGCGGCCGCCAACAGCGACAGCAAAGGCAGCAGUGGCCCCAAGGGCGACGACGAGUACCCGACGCCCCUGCCGCCUGGCGAGAAGGGAGGAGAGCCCAUGCGGGUGGAGAAGUAUAGGGAUCCACUGCAGCGUCUCAUGGAUGAGACGAACGCCCUGGAGCGGCUCAUGGUGUCCUCUGGCACUUCCCAGGCGAUGGCGUUGGAGUUCCAACGCUCCUACGAGGCGUUGGCCCGCACCAACAAGGCCCUCACCACGCAGAUGGUGAAGAUGAAGCAGGAGUAUGGGGCGAUGGAAAUGGCACUGCGGGAGGCAAAUAUUAAGGUGUACGAAAAGGAUCUGGCUCUGCGUGCGCUGCAAUCUCGGACGCGGGCGGUGGACAAGGAGGAUGAGGAAGCGAGAACGCUCCUCUUCCUCCGUGAGCAGAAUCGAGAGUUGGUGCGACAGGUUGGUGAACUCACAGUGGUUCUAUCGCGUGGGUUUAACGAGUUGGCCUAUCAGCAGGCCUUGACCUCCGACCCGGGGGCACUCAACCCAGAACAACUGGCUUCGACUUCUCUGCAGCUGCACCAGAAGGAGUCUCUCGGGACGACGCUGGACCGCGUGCUCACCAAUUCGGUGACACAAAGUCUCCUCUGCUCUGCGUGCACAGAAGAAUUUGAAAAGUUGCGUGUCAGUCUGCUGCCCGACGAGGAAAAGGCAGUGACCUCACCGGCAGCAGGUAGGCAGCUCUCCACGGCAGGCGCGGGUGGCGAGCACUGCCAUCACGCGCAGUAUGUCCCCGCCGUUUCAGCGGCCCCGGCAUUUAAUUACCUUGGCCACCCAGAGGAAGCGACGCAGGCGGGAAUGGACGGCGGCAGUGCUGGCGGGAACAGUUCCCACCUCCAACCUCCACCACUACCGCUGCAGCAGCGACGGGGUCAACACGGGGCACAGGCUGCGGCAGGUGCCCAGCAGCUCUCAUUCCCGUCGCCGCAGACUAGUGCCGCGCCGUACCUUCACCCGGGCGGCGCCGUCGGGCCGCAGUCGUAUCCACGCCAGCCGCAGCAACCGCCCCCUGGGCACGCGCAUGGCCGCACACUCUGGGCUGCCCAGACCGACGACGGGAGAAGCGACACAUACGCUGACUACUUCCCCAAGGUCUCCAUGAACCGUCGAUCGGAGUCGCGGAAUUCUGUGCUUAGUGCCACGCCUGUUUUUGGUGGAUUUCGCAUUCGUCCUUCGUAUUGA